UUUAAAAAAGAACUGUCGAUCGGCGAUUCAACUGGAUGUGGCACCUCUCGGCGGCUUCACGGCUGCUUUUCAUUCCCUCAACUCCGCGUGGACACGUCCAAGGUGUCUUUCUUUCCAGGCUAGCCAUUGAACCAAUGUCAGCCAUAUUACCACCCGCCGUCCUGGAGUGGAUAGAAGGGACUAGCAUCGAUCCACAAUCUCAAGAUCUCAUCUCAACCGCCAGUCAGAUAUACCUGGCCAUCCUCUCAGCUGUGUGCUUCAUCGCUUCUUAUAUUGCGGGAUCGGUCCUCUUGUCCAUUGAGAUCUUUGGCGCAGGGCUUCUGCUCCUUGUACUGUUGGUAUCUCCACCGUGGUCGUUUCUCAAACGACACCCUGUGAAGUUUCUGCCGGCGAGGACCAAGUCAUAGGACCUCGCUAUCUAUCCGCUGUCAUUGUACCAUCCAUUGUUGUAUGCAUAUAGAGCCUGUCGCG